AUGAAUCGCGGACGAGGAGGUUUCCGAGGCGGCCGUGGUGGUUUUGGCGGCCCUCAGGGUCCCCCCGAUGAGGUUGUGGAGAUGGGUAUCUUUGUUCAGGACUGCGAGGGCGAUAUUGUCUGCAGAUCGUCCAAUCCCAAGGUGCCUUAUUUCAAUGCCCCCAUCUAUCUUGAAAAUAAGAGCCUGGUUGGCAAGGUUGACGAGAUUCUUGGUCCCAUCAACGAGGUCUUUUUCACCAUCAAGCCUACUGAUGGUAUUGUUGCUACUUCUUUUAAGUCUGGCGACAAGUUCUUUAUUGGCUCCGAGAAGCUGCUGCCCCUUGAGCGUUUCCUUCCCAAACCUGCUGCUCCUAAGGUCAAGAAACCCCGCACCGGCGGUGGUGCUGGUGGUCGCGGUGGCUUUGGCGGUCGUGGCGGCCGUGGCGGCUUCAGCAGCGGUCGUGGCAGCUACGGCGGAGGUCGUGGUGGCUUCAGCGGUGGCCGUGGUGGCUUCAGCGGUGGCCGUGGUGGCUUCGGCGGUGGCCGUGGUGGCGGCCGUGGUGGUCGUGGUGGCUUUGGUGGCUCCCGCGGUGGAUCCAGGGGUGGCUACAACCAGUACUAA